AUGAGGGAGAUAGUACACAUCCAGGCGGGCCAAUGUGGAAACCAAAUCGGCGCCAAGUUCUGGGAAAUCAUCUCCGACGAGCACGGCAUCGAUGCGACGGGCGCCUACCACGGCGACUCGGACCUGCAACUGGACCGGAUAAACGUGUAUUACAACGACGCGUCGGGCGGCAAGUACGUGCCGCGCGCCAUCCUGGUGGACCUGGAGCCGGGCACCAUGGACUCUGUGCGCUCCGGACCGUUCGGCCAGAUCUUCCGGCCGGACAACUUCGUGUUCGGCCAGAGUGGCGCCGGCAACAACUGGGCUAAGGGCCACUACACUGAGGGCGCCGAACUCGUGGACUCGGUGCUGGACGUCGUGCGCAAGGAGGCCGAGAGCUGCGACUGUCUCCAGGGGUUCCAGCUGACGCACUCCCUGGGCGGCGGCACCGGCUCCGGGAUGGGCACGCUGCUCAUCUCCAAGAUCCGCGAGGAGUACCCUGACCGCAUCAUGAACACCUACUCAGUGGUGCCAUCACCCAAGGUGUCUGACACCGUGGUCGAGCCCUACAAUGCCACGCUCUCCGUGCACCAGCUGGUCGAGAACACCGACGAGACCUUCUGCAUCGACAACGAGGCUCUCUACGACAUCUGCUUCCGUACGCUGAAGCUCGCUACACCCACGUACGGCGACCUCAACCACCUCGUGUCGCUCACCAUGUCCGGAGUGACCACCUGCCUCAGGUUCCCCGGCCAGCUGAACGCGGACCUGCGCAAGCUGGCGGUGAACAUGGUGCCGUUCCCGCGGCUGCACUUCUUCAUGCCGGGCUUCGCGCCGCUGACGUCACGCGGCUCGCAGCAGUACCGCGCGCUCAGCGUGCCCGAGCUGACGCAGCAGAUGUUCGACGCCAAGAACAUGAUGGCCGCCUGCGAUCCCAGACACGGCCGCUACCUCACCGUCGCCGCCGUCUUCCGCGGCCGCAUGUCCAUGAAGGAGGUCGACGAGCAGAUGCUCAACAUCCAGAACAAGAACAGCAGCUACUACGUCGAGUGGAUUCCCAACAACGUGAAGACCGCCGUCUGCGACAUCCCGCCGCGCGGACUCGAGAUGUCCGCCACCUUCAUCGGUAACUCCACCGCCAUCCAGGAGCUGUUCAAGCGAAUCUCUGAGCAGUUCACCGCAAUGUUCCGCAGGAAGGCUUUCCUCCACUGGUACACUGGAGAGGGCAUGGAUGAAAUGGAGUUCACUGAGGCGGAAUCUAACAUGAAUGACCUUGUUAGUGAAUACCAGCAGUACCAAGAGGCCACUGCUGAUGAUGAUGCAGAAUUUGAUGAGGAGGAAGAAGCAGAGGUUGAUGAGAAUUAAACUAAAUCACAAGGCACAGAAAGGUAGCAGUCAACCACCAUUCAUGGUGAAGGUGAAUUGUGACACAGGCGGCAUUACUGCUAAGACUGCAUUUCUCUUACAAACUCACUGAUGUUGUGAUACUAUUGCCACAUCACUUUAUUGGUUAUUUAAGAGUUUCAUAACAUGUUUUACUAGCAUU